UCAAGCCUUUUCCAUAGGACUUGAAGAGAGCUUGGAGAGCCAGUUGUAGCCGAUAACAUUAUAUAAAAUAAUUGAAGAAUAGUCAACUGGAAAUAUCAGUAUAUAAUUAGUUCUUUUGUGUUCCUUGAAUCGGAACCAGAUACUAACCACCCAUUUCCGUCACCAAAAACCGUUCUCCCAGUGUUUAUGUGUCGGAAUAUCUCCGUCAAAUGCUGCCGUGCCUCUCUCUCAAAUCACCAUCGGCAGCUACGUCAACGUGCAUACCAGACUCACCUCCUACAAUCGUCGAUCUCCACCACCAUUCUCAAGCUGGAAAUUCAACAGAUGGGACCCCAGUGUCAAGCACUUUACAAUCCCCAGUUGUUAAUCUCGGCCACGAAUAUAGUCUCUACGUUCAAUCCAAUUCGUUCAAUGAAAUAUACUCAGGCACUCAUCAUCAAGAAAUCACAAACGGCGAACAAAUCGAGUCCAAUUUCGACGCUGAUGAUGAAGGUGCUCGUCAAUUUGUUUUAGCUCGAGUUCUUCAUCCAAAUCGCCAAUGCGUAGAGGACGCUCUUCGUCACGCCAAACCAAAUACUGUCACUCGACUUGUCUCUAAUUUUUUUGAUCAUAGCGAAAGCGCUACUGAUCUCUGCCUCCUCCUUCGUAGAAGCGUCUUUCGUGCUCGUGCUAUUUAUAGCCCUAUUCAUAAUCUUCUUGAAAAACUUCCUAUUGAACUAGAGUCGCUUACUCAAUCACAUUGUGAUAAUGCUCACGAAAUGCUUGUACAAUUUAAUCGCUGUGAUAGCCCUUUUCCUUUUCCAGAUUCCCAUAACUUUCAGGGCGUUCGUCACAGUUUUUCUGAAUUAAGGCAACAGCUAGAUAACAGACGUCUCAGGUCUCGCUCUAGAGUGCAUUUUGUUCGGCCAGCUGCUGUUGCUUGUGCCCUUUGUUUCGUUGGUUCUGCUGUGACUAUUAUUUUUUCUGCUCUGGCAAUCACUGGUCAUGCCCUUUUCGCUGUUGCUGCUUGCCCUUUUUGUGCUGCUGCAAAUUUUCCUAGAAAUCUUACUAAGAAAGAGCUUGCUCAUGUUGAGCAGCUUAAUGCUGCAGCGAGGGGCACUUAUAUGUUAGAUGAACAUCUUACUACUAUAGGCCCCCUUGUUACUCGUUUACAUGAUUGUAUUGAAAGUGACAAGCAUUUUAUUCGAUUAGGAUUGGGGUUGGGUAGCGACAAGUAUAUCAUUUCGGAGGUGUUGAAACACCUUAGAAAAAACCAUCUCAAAUUUUUUGAUCAGCUCAAGGUUCUUGAAGAUCAUAUAUGCCUUUAUUUUAGUGCUGUCAAUAGGGCAAGAAUUCAGCUUUUUCAAGAGAUACAUGUUCAUCAGACUUCUCAUUCCUAAGACAUUGAUGUAUAUCCUUUAGAUUUCUUUGAACCAUACAGUUCCCCUACUCAAUGUUUAAAAAGAGUAUAAGCUCAUUUUUAAGAUGUAAUACACCCUCGCAGAGAUCUAAAUCUUUGCUCUGUUUUUAACAGUGAGAACUGGAUGUGCAGCAAUAGCACUUUGUACACCUAACAUGUAUUUAAUUUCAAGACCUCUGUAAUUUGAUGAAUUUCCACAGCAUCUGGAUAUUUGAGUAACCCUUGUGCAGAUAAAGUUGUUCCUCUGCAAAA